AUGGCACCGCUCGUCUUCUUCAUCGGCGCAGCAUCAAGCGGCUUCGGCAACGGCAUCGCAGAAGAAGCCUUGUCGCGCGGCCACAAAGUCAUCGCAACCGCCCGCAAUGCCUCCAAAAUCGCACAUCUCAAGGAGAAGGGCGCUGUCACCAUGAACCUCGACGUCACCCACUCACUCGAUGAGCUCAAGGCGGCUGUCGCCGACGCUCACAAAGUCUACGGCAGAAUCGACAUUCUUGUCAAUGCUGCCGGGUACAUUUUGGAAGGCGCCAUUGAGGAGGCGAGUCCAAAAGAAACCCUCGACUCCUUCAACACCAACGUCUUCGGCGUCCUAAAUCUCACCCGCGCCGUCCUCCCCUACAUGCGCACACAACGCUCCGGCACCAUCGCGCAAUUCGGCUCCGUGGGCUCCUGGCGCGGCUUCGCCGGCGGCGGCCUCUACGUCGCCACAAAAUGGGCCAUCAGCGGCCUGACCGAAUCCCUCCGCCUCGAAGUGGCCCCCUUCGGCAUCGACGUCGUCUGCAUCGAGCCCGGCUACUUCCGCACCGGCUUCCUGAACCUCGGCGCGAGAUUCUUCACGGAGGAACGUAUUCAGGAUUAUGAUGAGACGACGGUGGGGGAAGUCAGGAGGAUGCUGACUAGUGCGGAUAAUUCGCAGCCGGGGAAUCCGGAGAAGGGGUGUAGGGUUUGUGUGGACGUGUUGACGAGGGACGGGGGAAGGGAGGUGCCGGUUAGGUUGGUGUUGGGGAGUGAUGCGACGGAGGCGAUUAGGGGGAAGUGUGAGGAGACUUUGACGUUGUUGGGGGAGUGGGAGGGGGUCAGUCGUAGUACGGAUUUUGAGAAGGAGUGA